AUGGCUACUAAUCCUGGCAACGUUUCAUCUCGUCCAAUAUUCACUGUUGAGAAUUACCACAUAUGGAAAUUCCGAGUGAGGAGCUACCUUAAAGCCCAACAUUGCAAAAUGUGGGAAAUCAUCACCGACGGUCCAAUCAUCAUCUGGACAAUUGAGAAGAAGGUAUCUCUAGACAUCACAAAGGAUCCCUACGACGAAACAACAGUCAAAUCAAAAUCAGAAUUCACCACUGAAGAAAGGAAGCUUGAUGAACUGGACGAUCAUGCCAAGAACAUCAUCUCCAGCACCGUACCAGACAAACACAUCGCAAAACUGAUGAGGUGCGAUACUGCAAAGGAGAUGUGGGAAACGCUCAAGAGAGUGUGCGUCGGAUCAGAAGAAAUUUUGGAGAACAAGCUAUCAAUUGCUUGUCAGAAAUUCGAUUCAUUCAAAAUGUUGAAGAAUGAAUCAGUCGACGAAAUGGAGUACAAAUUUAAUCAACUACUGAACAAGAUUCAGUCGAUGUCAAAGGAUAAGUACAAUCAACGGGACAUCAACCUCAAAGUCAUUCGUGCUCUUCCAGCUGCCAACUGA